AUGUCCAUUGAAUUUACCGUGUUCAAAGGUUCCAAGGACGGAACAAUUCGGCAGGAAGUCACCCGGCGCGACGGACUCGAGCGCGAUGACGUGUUGGUUCGAAUCACCUAUUCCGGUGUUUGCUUUACCGAUGUCCAUUACCAAACUUCCGACAUGGCCCUCGGUCAUGAGGGGACGGGUGUUGUGGAAGCAACCGGACCCAAUGCCAAGAUUUUGAAGAAAGGCGACCGUGUGGGAUGGGGAUAUGAGCACGAUUGCUGUGGCCACUGCCGCCAGUGCCUGACCGGAUGGGAGACCCUGUGCCCCGAACGAAAGAUGUACGCCGGUGCCGAUUUGGAUCAAGGGUCAUUCGGAUCUCAUGCAGUAUGGCGUGAAGCUUUCCUUUUCAAGAUUCCUGACAAUAUGAGCAAUGAGGACGCCGGUCCUUUAAUGUGUGGAGGAUCGACUGUCUUCAACGCCCUUCAUGUCGCUCAGGUUCGUCCGACCGCUCGUGUGGGAGUGGUCAGAGUCGGUGGUUUAGGCCAUCUAGCGAUUCAGUUUGCUGCCAGGAUGGGCUGUAAGGUGAUUGUGUUUUCUGGAACGGAUAAUAAGAAAGAGGAAGCUAUAAAGCUGGGUGCCUCCGAGUUCCAUGCAACCAAGGGUAUUAAGGAGUUGAAACUGGAGGAGUCCAUCGACAAUCUCAUUGUGACCACUAGCAGCCAACCAGAUUGGCAGCUAUACCUCAAUGUGAUGGCUCCCAAUGGUGUCAUUUCACCCCUCUCGGUUGAUGAAAAUGACCUGAAGAUUCCGUACAUGCCUUUGCUUGCGAACGGUCUCAGGAUUCAAGGAGGAAUUGUGUCUGCGAGACAGGUGCAUCGCGACAUGCUUGAAUUUGCGGCUCUUCACAACAUCAAGCCGGUGAAAAUGACGUUCCCAAUGACGUUGGAAGGUGUCAAGGAUAGCUUGAAAACUUUGAAGGAGGGCAACAUGAGAUACCGGGGUGUGCUAGUUGCUGGAAAGUGA